AUGGAAUUAUAAAAUUAUACAAAUUAUACUCUUCACUCUUGCCUUUAAGAUGUACCAGUUAAACUGACUAUCUCUAAUUUAUCGGACGGAAACAGUAUUUUGAAUUCUCUUGUAAAAAUAAAAUUUACACCUUAGAUAAAAGAUGAAAAUAAAGACGAACAACUAAUUGUUAGUACAUAAUUAUACAUUAAUGGUUGA